CGGGUGGGAGGCGCACCACAACACAUGCUUUCAUCAGUACUUUGAUGCGCAACCUUCGCUUCACAGAUCGUUAUAAGAAGACUGGGCUCAGAGUACCACAUCAAAUCUACUCGGUGAGACAGAUCUGCAUCGCUUGCUUGCUGCCUGUAAACUUCUCUUUUAUCUGAGUCGAUCAGAGCCAGUUUUCUUUCCAGUCUGCAGAGAGCCGACAAAUAUGCCGACUUUCGAUACCGAAGUAGUUCUGGACCUCCCUGCAAAGCGAUUAUGGAAAGCUCUGAAAGAUGGCAACACUCUGUUCCCCAAGAUAGCCCCACAGGUCUUCGCGAGCGUCGAUCAUGUGGAUGGAGUCGAAGGAGAACCCGGAGCAGUUCGCAGAAUCAACUUCGGUCCAGCUGCUCCGGCGGGCUCAUUCGUGACGGAGAAGUUUGAUAGCAUCAACUACGGCGAGAUGACUGUUUCUUCGUUCGAAGUCGAGGGAGGCCAUCUACGAGAGGGGUUCACCAGUUGGGAGUCAACCAUGAAGCUGAUUCCUGUAGGUGAAGACAAGGUGAAGGUUCACUUUACGUUUGAUUACGAGGGCCCAGGUCCAGUCGAUGCUUCAAUCGCACAAGCCGAGGAAGGAAGCCCGCAAUUGUUCAAGGCUCUGGAAGCCUAUUUAUUGUCUAACCAAGAAUACCUCUGAGCUCAACGGAUGCUUUCUUAGGAAUUGAGUCCAAUUGUAUUUCGCGGACCAAAUUUAUGUCAUUAUAUCAAGUCUCUCACGACUCCAUUAGAGUACAAACAUUCACUUAGAUUUCUCGAGUGGAAUGUCAAGGUCACUGCUUUGAAAUCAGAAAUUUAUGUCUCUGGCGUUUUGCAGUUCGUUGGUCUCCAGCCAAACGAAUGCCACCGAGUUGGAAAGCCAGAUCAGAAUAUGGACAUAAUUCAGUGCCAGGACCAGAAAGCCAGCUUUAGAACAUCUCAGUGCUCGCCCUCGUGAAGUGUCCAAAUCGUUGCUCAUGUUUGAUCUCGGAGACUGGAUUGGCAGGUUUGGACUCAGUGAUGUGUUAUCCUUAUCUUCCUCCGACGAAUUCAGGUUCCCCUGAAAGAUUAAUGUUAAUCGGUGAAUUAAUCUGGGAUCCACAUCAAAAUGUUCCGCUCUGCGAGUUCGAAAAUGCUUGAUCAACCAGCUCCAGAUCAGAUCAGAAUAAUUCACUCAUGAACAUUUUACAUUCGACACUGAGAAUGGUUGUAAAGAACCGAUCCAUGAAUAAGCCUUGAAGGUGAUGAAUCGAAAUGUAUAAAUCACUCACGAAACACGUUCCAGUGCUCACAUUGGCAUGAUUCUUCCCGACUGAAAUAAGUAUGAUGACAAGUCAACGUCCC